AUGGAACAUUUCCAUGCAAGUCUCUCCAACAUCCAUUGCGAGAGUUGUGCGGUGGCUAUCCACAAGGUGUUUUCUCGUCACUUCAAGGUCACCCAGGUGGAUCACUUUCCCAGCGUGGAGGAAGUACAGCAGCUCGCCAGCCAGCAGGUGCUACUCUAUGUUGAUGACAGAAGCGUGGACGUUUUCGGCAACAAUAACGACCACGACGACUCGGUGUUUGGUCACGUGACCAAGCCCAUGGUUCGCCAGCUUCUACGAGCCGGCUUUCAUGUGUUGGCGUGGGAAGUGACCAAGGAGGGCCAGCCUAUAUCCAGUUCUAAGGAUGCUGAAACGAAGCCCGAAAGUGUCGACGGCUUUUUUGACAUUUGGGCCCUCUACAACCGUUACUUCUCCUACAAGUCCGCCAAAACCCAUAGGAAGAAUUGCAAAAUCUGCCAUGAUAGCCCCCAAAAAUUCGAGAAAGAUUCGGAGAAUGAUUGCGACUCUAUAAAUACCGUGGAAACCGUGGUGAAUAAGCCAGACACGGAAUACAGAGCCGUGUUCACCAUUUCUGGUAUGACUUGUGCUUCGUGUGUGCAAGCCAUUUCUGAGCAAAUCAGUCGCUUUAUACAGAACGAAAUGGAUCCAAAACAGCCAGACGAAUCCAAAUACUCUGUUAGUCUCCUUCAAAAUAUGGCUGUAGUGAUAAUCCCCAAUAAGCAUGUCAUAAACAAAAUUAUUGAUGGUAUUAACGACCUAGGUUAUGAAGCAAAAUUAAUCGAGGUCUUACCAGUUCAAACUUCCAUCAAUAGAAAGGUUAUUGGAAUUAUUGGUGGGAUGACUUGUGCUGCUUGCGUGAAUGCCAUACAAACUGCUGUAAAUGAAUUACCAUUCAUCCUCGAAUGUGCGGUGAAUUUAGUAUCCAAAUCAGGUCAGUUUGUGCUUGAUGAUUCAGGAGACGAAGAUGAGAACUUGAAAACGCUUACAGAAAAAAUUGAAGAUUGUGGAUUUGACUUCGAAGUCAUGAAAUCAGAGAAAAUCAACUAUACACUGGGAAGAAAGAAAACCAGAUCGAUUAACAUCAACGUGAAAGGUAUGUUCUGUGAGCACUGUCCUGAAAUAAUCACCCAGUAUUUGUCUAGUUUUGGUGAAGCUGUGAUUAUCAGCGACCCCAUAACUUUGGAGAACCCAUUCAUCAAUUUCACCUACAUUCCAGGAGAAGAAAUCAACGUCCGUAAAUUUUUAUUUGAUUUAAAUCACCUCAAGCCUAGCGAUCACGAUUCCUAUAAAAUUGAUCCAUUAGCCCCUGGUGUUUUCGAGUGUGAAAUUAUCGAGCCUGUCUCAAUGGAUGAGCAUUUACGCAAAUUAUCGAAGCAAGAAGUUUUCAACUUAUCUAUUAGGUUAGUUAUUGCUACUGUCUUCGCUAUUCCUACGUUUGUUUUCGGUGUGGUGGCAAUGUCGUUAUUGCCAUCAUCUAAUAAAUUCAAGAAAUGGGUUGAUGAGCCAACCUGGGCAGGAAAUGUGGCCAGGAAUUGUUGGAUAUUACUCUUUUUGAGCACACCCGUCUACUUCUGUGCCGCUGACAUAUUUCAUAGAAAGGCAAUCAAGGAGUUGAAGAACUUGUGGUUGAAUAAAAACUCAUUCCGCAAGCGCUUAUUCAGAUUUGGAUCUAUGAAUCUCUUGAUGUGUUUGGGAACCACAAUCUCCUAUUUUGCUAGUAUCGUACUCUUGGUAUUGGCAUCCAAACAAGAGCGUGAUCCACACCAUGGAUCCGAUACUACUUAUUUUGAUUCUGUUGUCUUUCUUACAUUCUUCCUUUUAAUUGGAAAACUCUUGGAAAGUAUCACAAGGUCUAAAACAGCUGACGCAAUUUCAAGCUUAAGCGAUUUAAAAGCUGCUGAAGCUACAUUAGUUGAGCUUGAUGACGAGGGUAAUUACACCAACGACCAAAUUAUUGAUGUGAAAUUAUUAGAGACGGGAGAUUACUUACGAGUUAACCCAGGCGAGUCUCCACCAGUAGACUGUGUCAUUAUCAGUGGGGAAUCUGAAUUUGAUGAAUCUGCCUUGACUGGUGAAUCAAGACCCGUCAAGCAUAUCCUGGGACAUCAGAUCUUUUCAGGUACUGUGAAUACAGGAGCAAUGGGAGUCAUUGGUAGAAUUAUUAGUUUGGAUGGCGAUUCCUUGAUUGACCAAAUUGUCAGCACCGUGAGAGAUGGCCAGUUACGAAAGGCCCCCAUCGAAAGAACCGCCGAUAAAUUGACCAGCUACUUUGUUCCAGUAAUAACAGCGUUAGCUAUUAUUACGUGGGUAAUUUGGUUGAGUUUGGGCCAUUCUGGUGCAUUGCCUGAGCAUUACUUGGAUGUCGAUGUUGGUGGAUGGACGGUAUGGUCCUUAGAAUUUUCGAUUGCUGUGUUCGUGAUAGCAUGCCCGUGUGGGAUUGGCUUAGCCGCUCCAACUGCGUUGUUUGUGGGUUCAGGAUUGGCUGCGAAAUACGGUAUUUUAGCUAAAGGAGGAGGUGCUGCUUUCCAGGAUGGCGCAAACACUUCUACCAUCUGUUUCGACAAAACUGGAACCCUUACCAAUGGAGAUGUUCGAGUUACUGAUUUUUAUUUUGGCUCGAAAGAAAAUGAACAAUCGCAAGUUUUGAGGUCUUUCGCUUUGCAAGUAACCAGGGAUAUGGAAGUUACUUCCAAGCAUCCGUUGGCCAAGGCUGUCAAGAAGUUUGUGGAUGAAUUCACAGGAAAAUCACUUUCUCCCAACAAAAUUCCUUCCGUUGAAACUGUACCAGGAAAAGGUCUUCGUGGAGAAAUAAUCUUUGAAGCAAAUACCGAGUUGUGGAGCCAGUAUGAGCCUUCCGAGGCGAUUCUUGGCAAUGAGAAAUUUUUGGUUGAGAAUGGAGUCUCUAUUAAUAUGCAUGAAGUACUGGUAUUGACCCGAUGGAAGAACGAGUGCAAGUCUGUCAUUUUGGUGGCAAUCAAGUGCCAGAAAAUCUACAAGGAUGAUCAAUUUCAUUUAGUUAUGAUGAUGGCAGCUCGGGACCAGAUCAGAAGCGAGACAAUCAAGGUUAUUGAGUUCCUCAAACGCCAAAAAAUAGACUGUUGGAUGAUUACUGGUGAUAAUAGCAUCACCGCCCAUGCAAUUGGUAAAGAAAUUGGUAUCACCAAUAUUGUGAGUGAAGUUCUACCUGACCAAAAACAACUCCAUGUGGAAAGAAUACAAAAAUUGAGUGGUGGAGUAGUUGCAAUGGUAGGCGAUGGUAUCAACGAUGCGCCUGCUUUAGCCACUGCUGAUGUGGGAAUUGCCUUGUCUUCAGGUGCUGAUUUGGCAGUCACUUCCAGUGACUUUAUCCUCUUAAAUAAGGCCCAACCAUUGGUCGCAUUGGUCACCUUGCUCGACUUGUCUCGGGUUGUAUUCAACAGGGUUAAAUUCAAUUUCUGUUGGAGUUUGGUUUACAACAUGAUUGGUGUUCCUGUUGCAGCAGGGGUUAUUUAUCCAUACCACAAUACCAGAUUAAGUCCAGUAUGGGCAAGUGCGGCUAUGGCCCUUUCCUCCGUGAGUGUUGUGAUGAGCAGUUUGGCAUUGAAAUUGUAUAGACCAAAGGUCCAGGUUGAGGAGGUUUUUGAGAAUAAAAGUGAAGCGGUUAUAGAAGCUCAAUAG